CUCUUCUCUUCAAUCCACCCACAUCCCACAUCUACUCCUCAAGCCCAAGAAAUAUUCGACCAAGUUUCUCGCCAGUGACCAAUGCUAGUUCUUAGAAGAGUUGAUUUAGUUCACUACUUCGUAAGGAAAAAUCCUCUUCAAGUCCAAGGUUUUGCCGGUCUUCCAGAAAUCCAUACACCCCCCGCUCAUCCGCCUUCACCAUGGCUUUGAGCAAUUUCGGAUCAAUUGUCCUCCAAAUCCUAAUCUUCAUUACGACUCUCGUGAAUUUCACUUUCACUCUCACUACCCUAGGUCCUUUUUUCCUCCUGGUUCUGUACGCGGUAUCAAAAAUCUUUUCAACCGCCCCAGAAGAAGAUAUAUUCAAGAGAUGUCAACUACGUUACCUCUACCACGAUUGAUGGACGAUGCAGCUCACACAGAUUCCCGUGAAUCGCAGAUAUCAUAUUCUAAAGACGAUUCAUCUACGAAUGACAGUAUAUAUAGGCAUCGAUGGCAGAGAUCUGAUAUAGAAAAUGGGUAUGCGGAUGCCAAUGGACAUGGGAAUACAAAUACCAACAACUCAGACAAUGGAGGCUCUGCCGGAUCAGAGGCUUUGGUUGUUAAGGAUGAUCAUGGGGUAGGCGAAGUGGACCAGCAGCCAGAUACCAGGGAGAAAGCAGCUGCCAAAGUUACUGUUCGGGAUCGCAUUGGUUGUCUGAGAUGGACUUGGUUUACUUUGACAAUGGCAACUGGAGGAAUUGCAAAUGUCCUCCAUUCCAGUAUAUCAUCUUGUUAUAAUUGCUCUUGGGAUCAGUUCUGACAUCCUAUAGUACCAUAUCGGUCGAACUGGUUGCAGAUCCUGGGAGAAGUUGUAUUCCUCCUGAAUCUUGCAUUUUUUAUAAUGAUUUGUGUAUUAAUGUCUCUUCGUUUCAAAUGGAAACCUGGAAGUUUCUCUAAAUCUUUCCUUAGUCCAUCUGAAUCUUUGUAUAUUCCUGCUUGUGUAAGUCGAUUCCAAUCAUUUCCGUUGUACAAUAAUCUAACGUAUUAUCAGAUGAUAUCGUAUGUAACAUCCUCAUCAACGAAACAAUUGCUACUAAAUGUUAAUAGUGUAGGAACAAUACUUGUAACGAUGUGUCAAUAUGGCAUUCCAAAGACCGGAGUAUGGUUCCAAACUACCAUGCAUGUGUGCUUUUGGGUAUACUGCACGUUGAGCGUAUUGGCAAGCUCUGGUCUUUAUUUAUUACUUUGGUCCACACAGUAAGUGUAAACCCUACCAUGCACAACAUCAGCUUAUAUUUCUACUAGAGAAUUUCCCAUUUCUAACAUGACCCCCCUCUGGACUUUUCCUGCCUAUCCAUUGCUCUUGACCGGUCCAAUUGCGUCAAAUCUUAUUUCUACUUUGCCAGAUGCAUCUGCAGCUGCACGUAUGAAUUCUCCUGCGAUUGCUUUUGGGGCGAUUUGCUUCCAAGGAAUUGGAUUUCUCCUUAGUCUAAUGGUUUACAGUGCUUUCCUGUAUCGAUUGAUGACUAAAAAGCUCCCGCAAGAGACUACACGGCCGGGAAUGGUAAAUUAUACCCCGCACGGCAUUUUUUCAGUCGCUUACUACUAUUAGUUCGUGUCAGUAGGACCAAGUGGGUUCACAGUAACAGCAAUUGUUGGACUGGCGAGUUCUGUCAGAACAACAAUUUUACCAGACGGGUAUAUGGGCAAUACUGAUGGUCCGUUUAUUCUGUACUUGAUGGGAAAUUUCGCGGGACUUUUCAUCUGGGGUCUAUGCCUUUGGUUUUGCUUGAUUUCAAUGGGUGCUCAUUGGCAAGUCUUGCAGCCUAAUCACCCUGAGCAUCAUAUAAGUGCUGAUAUGACAUGGUACGGGCUUUCCUCCAUUAAUUUGAAGAAUAAAUUACUAACACAUGUAGGAAUUCAUUUAUAUUUCCAAAUACCGCACUAGCUACAGCAACUAUACAAAUAGGAACAGCAUUUGGCUCAAAUGUCAUUCGUAUCAUUGGGACCGUGAUUUCUGUCAUACUGGUUGUUGUUUGGCUCGGAGUUCUUUCUAUGCUAAUCAGAGCCUUGUUCUUGAAACGACUUCUUAUGCCAGAUCAACUUGACGGAGCUGCUUCUCAAAGGAAGAAAUGGACGACGAAAGUUAAGAAAGUCAAGGGAAGGAAUCAAAGCCGCAUCGCGAGAUAAUUUGACGAAGGUAGGCAGUGGUGGGUGGGGUAGCUACAUUUUGUAGAUAAGUUCCUGAUUUUAGCAUUUCGUGAUAGAUUUUAGAUAUUUAUUUGUUCGGAUAUUAAGACAAGAUUGACCCCUUGAAAAUU